UAUUAAAACAUCAAGAAAUAUAAUGUGCUAAUUGCGUUAAAUAAAAUCAAGCUAAUAAGUAGAAAAAAUUAUAUAAGAAAAAAAAAGAAAAAGAAAAAUAGAUAAGAAGAAAUUAGAAUUGAAAGGUAAAGAAGAGUAAAAGAGAAAUAAGGAGAUGAGUCGUCUGUAAUACAGCGUAGUGUUGUGCGGAGGCUGCGGUUAGAAAGGCAAGGCAGCUCGUUGGAGUCACCGUGUCGCGACUGCAUACCUACAGCACCUAUACAAUCAAACUAUACCAGCUGGAUAGCUCGGUCCCUGCUCGCAUGAGAGCUACCUGUCCAGUAUGUACGGUAUCCGCGUACGAGUAGUGCCGUACGUUCGAUCGUCAUCGGUUCUUUGCGUUUAACGGUGCUAACACACUCCUGGCACGCAUCUCUUUCUCUUUCUAUCUCUAUCUUUCUCUUUCUCUUUCUCUUUCUCUCUCAAACUCACUCACACUCACUCUUACUAUUAGGCCUUGACUGGUCCAGGUCCAGGUCCAGGUCCAGGUCCAGGUCCAGCAUCCUUGUACCUUUAAUUAUCACAAAAAACGAACCGAUGUAUAUUUAUUAAUGAUCUUUCUAAGAUCGGUAUUGUGGAAUUCUUUAUUCGUAUGUUUCCGGGACACGCCUUCUUCUUCUUCUACUUCUUAUUUUCGUAUUGAAAUAUUCAGAGUCAGCUUUUGAUGCUGAAGGAAUGCAUUUUUACUGUAGUUCGCUGAAGCAUCGCGAGAGAGAAGGUCACGCAUCGUGAAAUACCUUUACGACGUUCUAUACCUUUCUUAUUCUUCUUAUUCUUAUUCUUAUUCUUCUCACUUAACUUCCUUUCGUGUAUCAUCUUAUUAUUCUUCUUCUUUUUCUUUUUGUUCUUCUUUUUGUUCUUUUUAUUCUUCUUCUUAUUCUUAUUCGGCUAGUUUGAGAUUCGAAAGAGAGACUGUGACUCGAGAGAACUCUCCUCGACCGUUUGACCGACUACGGUGGUUUUAAUGUUGUACGUCAGUUGCGGCAGGUCACGAGGAACGGCUCUCAAGAUGGCCUACAUUAUACUAUUUCGUUAUUAUCGUUGACCAGGAAAAAGAGAAAAAGAGAAAAAGAAAUUGAGACGACGAGAGAAAGGAAAAAGAAAAAAAAAAGAAGAAUAAACGGGAGAAAGGAGAACAAAAAUUUGUCACCAAUCGAAAGAACCGAUUGAUUAGUUUCAAUCAAAAAUUAUUAUUACGAAAAUUUUCGAUUCUUUUGGAAAAGAAAAAAAAAAGAAAAUAACAAAAAACAAAAUGGGCCAAGCUUGGUGCAAGGAAAAGACUUCAAAGGCUCAGGAUUCGAAAUCCCCUUUGGAUCGGGUCUUUGUUCGAUGUGCUCAUCGGAUUUAUCCGAGCUUAAAAGAAGAGGGUUCUGUUCUCGGUGGUGCCACUCAAAGAGUAACGAGCUCUGAGAUUGGAUACGCUGGUUCACCACCCAGAGAUGUCCUCACUAGAGGUAGAAGCAUCGACUCUGUCGACAGACCCUUUCAACCAAGCGAUUGGGUGGACGUCAACUUGGAAGUACCCAGUACACCAAGAGCAAACUCGGUUCUCACCAACUUGACCAUCGACACGAAUCUCUAUCCACCUACGACCACUCCCACGUCUAUAAGAUCGAAUAAUUUGAAAGACGUAACACCGGUGCCACCACCCAGACGAAAGAAGAGAAACAGAGGUAGACCAUUGCCACCAAAACCGGACGAGAUUGCAGAUAAAACGAUGUGCAAUUUGCGGCACGUUGAUUCAAGUGAGGAACCGUUAUAUUCAUCGGUAGUGAGUAACAACUCACCACGAACGUUGCUGGACGAUUAUGCGACGAUGGAGGAUGUCGUUGGUGGGGUUGACAGUGAUGAUGAUGAUGGUGGUGGUGGUGGUGGUGGUGGUGGUGGUGUUGGUGGUGGUGAUGUUGGUAUGAUGAAGAAGAAGAAGAAGAAGAAGAAGGAGGAGGAGUCAGAAGAUGAUGGUUGCAUCUACCGAAAUCAAACGGAUGGAACGAGAGAUUCUAGGCUGAAGGAAUAUUCAAAGGGUGUAAUGCCGGAGGGUAAAAGGACGAAGGAGAUAUACGAGCACAAGGUUAACGGUACCGGAAGAAUAAUAUCGAGCGAGGUGGUUUCCGGCAAAAGGUUAUCCCAGAACUACGAUAAGAAGAUUCACAAAAAUUCUAAUCAGAAUAAAAAAAUUAACGAUACCGAGGAGGAAUACGAGAGAUUCUGUAACGAGCGUACGAUCAAGGAUUUCUCUUCUACGCCUAAUCAAAAGGACGUCGUUGUUGAUACACGUAGAAGGAGGUCCAAAGAAUUUCUAAUUAAACGACAAAUCGAGGAUUCUAUUAGAAACGAUGGAAAUUUAUUAGAAAUUAAUGUCAGACCAAAGAACUACAGCACCGUUAGUCUUCCAAAUUACGACGAGUUGGACUUAGGUAGAUACGCGACCAAAAGGAACAACGAUGAACAAGGGGAAAACGAGAAAAUAAGAUCGAGGAGACCCGUCAGAAGCAGUACAGGAUCUCUACCGGUUGAAUCCUUCCUUCUACCUUUCUCUCAGAAAACGAGUAUCCGAUUGGAGGACUACAUUCCACGUCAUGGUAGUACCGAAAAUCUAUCGGAAUAUGAAAUACUAGAAGGAAAGCUUCCUUGCACUGAUUCCAAUGGCAAGACUGAAUUCUUGAAGUACGAUCCAAGUAAAUUGGGGGAUUGGGACAUUGGUAACAUCGGUAAUUGCGAAUUGAACCACCAUCAAAGGCCCCAUGAGGAUUCAGUUAUAGCAGAUCGUGACGUAGUGGAUUUUCAUCAGACACGUGAAAAUACUCACGCAGUGGAAAAGCCAGUGUCCUUUGGGAAACCAACCGAGUUCGUUUACGAUUCCAAGUUGAAUUGUAUUCUUAAGGAACAGGACAACAGAUGUAUACAAGAGGAAACGAAAGAAUUAUCGAAACCAGAUAAGCCGCCAUUAUGCAAAGAAGCUAUUUGUUCUAAUCGGAUCAAUUCAUUUUAUUCAGAUAACAUCGGUGGAGGAACCGAGAAGAAGAAGGAAGAGAAUAAGAGGGAGGAGGGGAAGGAGGAAGAGGAUGAUUUCGAUCGAUCUAAUUCAAAUAGGAUGAUCUUUGGUAGGAGUUUAUCGAACGAGAGUGAACCCAACGAUCCAGUUAAUGUUUCCUGCGAAACGAAGGAAUUACGUCUACGUGAGACAAAUAAGAUAAUCAGGACGAUAUCGAAGGAAUUGUUGUCACGUGAGAUGUUACCUGAUAGAAAUACGUCGUUCUUCGAUGUGGACGACGAAAAGGAUCUUAAAAUGAAGAAAAUUCAGACACCGCCACCUAGUCCAGAGAAUAAGAUCAAAGCUGAGAUUGUUGAUAACGAACAUUCAAUUUUAUUGAAGGUUUUAAAAGAAGAAGCAGCGAUUGCCGCCGAGGGUAGUAAUUUUAGUUCGAUGACACCAAGUUUAACCGAAUUGGAAGUAGCUUUGUCCGAUAUGUUGGAAAAAGAACAAAACGAUCAACAGGAUAUUUCUAAGAGUGAACAACAUCCUGAUGAUAGAUCCUUGUCACCAGCUGGUGGUAACGAACAAAUCGAACCAAAAAUUAUUCCAAUUGAUAAACAUCCUGACAGAAGGAACGAAUUACGUCCAGUUUCAUUGGGUGAUAUUCUUAAAAAGAAUUCACCGAAAAAUCAAAGGAAAGUAUCAUUUUGCGCAUGGGAAGAAAAAGAAUUGAUUUAUGACGAUGAUGAUGAUGAUGAUGAUGAUAAUAAUAGUUGUGUUAAUAAGGAUUACGAUAAGAAAAUGAUUAGGGAUAAACCUAAUGAACCAAUGCGUCGAUACAGUCUCGACGAUUCCAUCAUGAAUGAUAAAUCCGAGAAUACUCCUACACCUCCCAGAAGGAGGCACAGACCUUCUUGUCCUUCGGGAAUCCUUAGGGAAGAGCAAAGUACCUCGAUUAACGGUGCAAAAAUACAUUCCGAUACUGAACACGAUGAUAGACUCAUUUGAUCUCGAUCCUUCUUGUUGCUUUUUAUUCUUGUUAUAUGAACAAUCAAAUUAUAUAUAGUUCGGAAAGAUUUAUCUUUUGUUCUUUUAUUCAAUAUGUUUCGUCCAAUUAUAUUUCACGUUGUCAACACACGUUAACGGUUUAUUAUUAUUAUUAUUAUUAUUAUUAUUAUUUAAUUGUUAUAUCUUUUUUUUUUGUUCGAUCUAUCACAAUUUUAUUGAAUCGAACAUAAUAACACGCAGCGCGAAUUGAAUAAGAAGAAACAAUUUUAUAUAGAAAAAGAUUCAUAUAAUUCGAAAAACAAUGUAAAGGUAGCUAGGCUAGCUUUCACUACUUUUACUCUCGUUACUUUUCUCUUAUCUUGAAACUUUGGAAUACUUUUGGGAACAGAGAUGAUAAAGAUAAAUAAAGAUAGAAAGAGAGUAGGAGAGAAUGAGAAGGGGAGCGGGGGCGGGGGUCAGAGGUCAGAUUUCGUAAAAGUUCAGUUCGUCGCACCGAUUUUUCAUUCGCACGCUCGUUAAAUUUGUUUCGAAGAGAAGAGAACGCGACGCGAAAAUAAGAGCCAAAAGUAUUUCCGAAGAAAUCGUCCAAGAACUUUUCCCUUUCCGGUCAGAGUUUCUUCUUCUCAAGCUCGGCAAAAGCUCCUCUUCCUCCUCCUCCUCCUCCUCCUCCACCGUACUUUUUCGGAAAGAAAGUUUUUUAACGAACUUCUGUGCUCCUCGCAAACGUGUGUCACGUGAUUUUACUUUUACGUAUGCUUAGAAAAAUCGUGAAUUUUGUUUUUUUUGGGAGAUUCUCUAGAAAUAUGCUUUCGUUAUAAAAUUUAUAUUUCGAAUAUAUUUACAUAGUUACAUUCGUUUAUUAGUAUUGUUUUUCUUUUUUUUUUUUUUUUCUUUAGACAAAAAGUUUUCAAAUAGAUUUAUU